ACUACAACUCCCAGGAUGCCCCGCGCCCACACGGCGCCACGGGUCUGCUUUCUGCGCACGUGCGACUCGAGAAGCCAAGCCGCGCGCCCUGGGACCACAUCUCCCAGAGUGCACCGCGCCGCCGCGACCAAGAUGGCGUCGAGACUCGCCGCCUUCCUCAAGGACGCCUGGGCCCGGGAGCCGGUGCUGGUCGCCUCCUUCGCCAUCGGGGGCCUCGCCGUGGUCGCCCCGAUGGUCAGCCCCUACCGGAAGUACGCCGACCUGAUCAACGAGGUCACGCCCUACACCUACCCCGUGCCCCUCCGGGAUGACGGGAACAUGCCCGACGUGCCCAGCCACCCGCAGGACCCCCGGGGCCGCAGCCUGGAGUGGCUGAAGAACCUGUGAGCCUCCGAGCCCCCAAUAAAACAAUAAAAGCGCGAAGCCCGCCUC